AUGGAAGGCUUAUACUAUGACCCUUGGAAAAAUAUGUAUAGUCGUAAGGUGAAGCCUGUCAAUAUAGUGUCCAAAGUCAAAACGAAGAUGAAAGAAGCUAAGAUGUUUAUAGUUACCCUAUUGAAAGAUUUCGACAAGAAGGAGCACAAUGAUCCUGAUAACAAAAACCCACCACAUGAAGAAAAACUUCAACCUGAUAUCGAACCCAAAAAGGAUAAUAGAAAAACAAUCAGACAUUAUCAAAAAUCA